AUGCAGCCCAAGUCGAUACUCAAGAAGACGACGGUCUCUACCGACGCACCGCCGGGCAGAAAGCCAGUCAAUCCGCGCCAUCUCGCCGUCGCACGCCAUCAUGCUACUGUUCUUGAGGACCGCAAACGCGUCGAGACCGAGGUGCUUGAGGCCGUCAUGAUACUGAUGGACUUUCCCACUUCACCAAAUGCCGACCCUAAACGGCCCUCGCCCGAUGAUGCUCUUUUCUUUCAGAAAGCAGUCAUACCAUUUCAACCCGCCGACUACGAUGCGCUUAUCGAAGAGCGCAAUAUCGCGGACAAGUGCGGUUAUGCCUUGUGCUCACGUCCAAAGAAGAAGGCACGGUCGACGGCAAAGAAGCAAUUUAUCGAUACCAAAGACGGCGUGCAAAUUGUGGAUAGGAAGGUGCUGGAGGUGUGGUGCUCCGACGACUGCGCGAAGCGGGCGCUAUACGUCAAAGUGCAGCUCAAUGAAGAGCCAGCGUGGCUGCGUUCGUGUGGAUACGGAGAAAAAAUCGAGCUCAUGGUGGAAAACAGCGAGGAGCAUCGAUUAGCCCUGCCCCUACGUCCCAAGCAGGAAAGCGCGACCAAGGUAGAUGCAGAAGAAGAGGACAUGAAUGCCGCCUGGGCCGCGCAAGAAGCUGCCAUUGCGCAUCUAGCUCUCGAGCGUGGAGAGAAGCCAGGCCAGGCCACCAAGGCAAAUAGCGACCUCAUUCAAGAUCAGAUUGUCGAGCGUGUAUCUACCAACGCACCACCACUGGCACCAUCGCUUGCACAGGCAUCCAACCACACCAUGGCUAUCGAAGGCCACGUUCCUCGCAUCAACAGAAAAGACAAAGACAGUGAUGACGAUAAAGACGACGAAGAUGACGGGCAGGACUGGGACAAGCAUCUACCUGGCUGA